AUGUCCCAGCUCACACCCGCGCCGCCUAUACGAUCCACGCCCGUCGCACUCUCGAAGCUCCAGACACUAACAUACAACCACAGAUACACCAUCCCCAAGAACUACCACGGCCUCACCCUCAAGCAAGCCGCGAAAUACGGUGGCCUCGCCGCCGGCUUCGGCGGUGUAGCCGGUUUCUUCGCCCUCUUCUUCUUCGCCGAAGUCCCCAAGGUGCGCGACGACAUCAUGAAGAAGAUUCCUAUCCUGGACAAGUUCUUCACGGUUGAGAUACCGCCUGAGGAUAACCCUUUCUGA